AUGAGGGAGACGACCGCGUCGGCAACCGUGACACCCGUGGCUGGCUACAGCCAGCCAAAAAAGUGCAUCCAUGGACGCCUCAAGGAGAUCUUGAUCGCUUUCGCGGUAAUGACGGUGCCGAUGAUCGCCUUCUCUGCACUUUUGCUCGGCCUGGUCUUCCACUAUCGCGUCGUUCUGAAUGAUUUCGCUUCUGAAAAUCUGGCAUUUGAUUCCGGGCAGAAUGAUUCGGGCGUCUUCUUCGUCAAUAUCAGCGCGACCACGCUCAUCACCAUUGCCUCAUGGUCAAGCACAGUUGCUCCGAUCUUGGUCGGUUUUGCUGUCACUCUGAUCUCGUAUCCCGUCGCCAGCGGGAUACUGUCGGCGUCUGUGAAACAGAAACCGGGGCAGUUACCCACUCCAUAUCAGUUUUCGUUACUGCUGAAGAUGCUUACAAGCGGAUCUCCCUCUGCCUUGUGGAGCUGGCUGCAGUACUCUUUUGGCUGGAGAGGUCGAAGAGAAGGCCAGGCAAAGUCACUAAAGACGCUGACGAGCAUACUGACCCUGGGUAUCAUUCUGAGCACUCUUGUCUUUGCCACCGAUACAUGGCUGCACUUCACCACAAAAACAGUCAAUUUCUUCCAGGUCACGCCAACCUUGGACCCUUCGGACCUGAGUUUCGGUGUCUACGACAACUGCACCGAUGUCACUGAGACCAAUUUCUACGGCUGCAACAUGGACAAUCCCGCGUCAGGUGCAGUUCUAAUGAGUUCUAUUCCAAUCGAGGUGCUUUCCAACAUCUCCAACACCAUGCUGGUCCAGACCCAUACAGUUGGAAACGAUCAGUUCGCCUACCUGGUGAACGCGCAGCUUCCUCGGUUGGCAUCUAUCGACUACAGCGCCAGGUCAUAUGCCGUGCGAUCUCAAUGCAAGCCUGUGACCAGUGACUGUAUGAGUUAUUUGGAUGUCUAUGGCGUGGGCACGGACUACCAUUGCCCCUUUGCAUUUCAAGGCACUGCAGACACAAGCGUGGGCUCGUCGAACUCGGUCACCAUGGCCUAUUUCACAGAUUCUUCUGGCAGCAACAACAAUACCGAUACGAACGCCAUAGCUAACCCUUACUAUUAUGCUGCUGUCGCUGUCGUGAACAUGCGAAAUGGCCCUUCCGUGGCGUUGCUAAACGACCCGCAGAUUUUGAAGGGCGGCCACGGGGGCUCCACCAUCAUCGCACUCUUCUGCAAUUCAAUCAUCUACGACCUCGAAUAUACGUCUGUCAAUGGUACCAUCACCCGCUUCGUCACGACUCUGAGCAAUAGUUCCGUCACGAACAUUCUCCAAGGCACUCAGAGACUCACGCAGGCUGGGGACGCGAACCUCGUUCAGGCCGCAAGUGUUGCCGGUCUUGGAGAUUCGGCUCAGGCCAUCUCGAACCAGUUUGCACUGUCGUAUAGCCAAACAGCGCUCGCUGUUGCCUCGGGAGCCUUUCAGCCCCUCCCGGCGCUUGAGUCACAGUCACGCGAAACAAUGCUGGUUGCGCGCGUGCCAAAGGCACCGUUGGCGUGCUUGCUGGCUGCUAACCUCUCGCUGGCGGUGCUAGGGAUCGUGCUCACUGUGGUAGCAGUCUCGUGUGGCAGCGGCGAGACGAAUGAAGUUCAGGCGCGAUUGAGCAUUCCCGCGCUUGUGGCAUCGCAGUUUGAGGAGGCGAGAGUUCGCGCUCCGGUGGAGAAGGUGGAAGACAUGUUCGAGGAGGGCCAUGGAAAGCCGGGCCCGCGCAUUGGCUUUGUAAGGUCACCGCAGGGUGCUUGGAUUUUCAGCAGUUGGCGCCCAGCGUAA